AUGAACGCCGUGGACGCGUCCGAUCAUUACGAAAGUAGUGCCGCCAAUGAACCGGCCCCAUCUCUCCUCACUAUAAUCCUCGAUACAAAUCCGCGAGCAUGGGCGCUGCUAGAGGACCAGCUACCUUUCUCCAAGGCGCUGGCCAACCUCUUGGUCUUCGUCAACGCCCACCUAGCAUGCAACUACACAAAUGAGGUCGCCGUGAUUGCCUCUCACACCCACCGAGCUGCCUGGCUAUACCCGACACACAACCAGCAACCCUCGUCUCGCCAGCGCGACGCCGAUGGCGAUAUCCAGAUGAACGGAGAUGAGCAGCAUAAUGCUACUGCAUCUAGCUCCACCCAGGCGAACAUGUAUCGGCCUUUUCGAACCGUUGAGGAACAAGUGACUGAGAAUGUGAAAGAGCUUCUGGCUUCGACGAAUGCUGCCGACGUACAAUCCACAACUUCUACCAUGAUGGCCGGCGCCUUGACCCUGGCUCUCAGUCAUAUCAACAGACGCAGCAUGACCUGGGCAGAAACCCAUGGGGCUGUCAAUCUGGACGCUGCGCACGCACCGACAGGGUCUGCGGCGGCAGCAGUCUCGUCCAGUGGCAAUGCCAACAUGGGUCUACAGAGUCGGAUCAUGAUCAUUUCAGUCAGCAGCUCGACCGAUUCUGCGCAUCAAUACAUCCCCAUCAUGAACGGCAUCUUCGCAUGCCAACGACUACAUAUUCCAAUCGACGUCUGCAAACUGAGCGGUGACGCCGUCUUCUUGCAACAGGCAGCGGACGCCACGCGAGGUGUCUACAUGGCCCUGACCGAACCCCGGGGUCUUCUCCAAUACCUCAUGAUGGCCUUUCUUCCCGACCAACGCUCUCGAAAACAUCUCAUCUUGCCGACGCGUGUGGAUGUCGAUUUCCGUGCCGCCUGCUUCUGCCAUCGUCGUGUGGUCAAUGUUGGAUUUGUGUGCUCCAUUUGCCUCAGCAUCUUUUGUGAGCCGCCGGAUAAUGGUGACUGUUUGACCUGUGGCACGCACCUCGAGAUAGGCGAUUACGGAUCGCGGCCAGCGGUGAUUGCAAGGAGGAAGAAGAAGAAGAAAGCACGCUUGAAUGGGUCCUCGGCUGCUGGUACUCCUACGCCUGCCGGAACUCCUGCGCCAUAG